AUGUCGGACACCAUCACCUUUGUGACAGGCAACGCCAACAAGUUGAGAGAGGUAACGGCCAUUCUCUGCAACGGCCAGACGGAGGGAGCCACGGUCGGCAAGUACAGCAUAACGAACCAGAAGAUCGACCUCGAUGAGAUACAGGGGUCAAUAGAGGAGAUCACGAUACACAAGGCGAAGCAGGCUGCGGCGACAGUCGGCGGCACUGUGCUGGUGGAGGACACGUGUCUGGGCUUCAACGCGUACAACAACCUCCCGGGCCCGUAUAUCAAGUGGUUUGUGAACAGCAUCGGGCUCGGCGGGCUGGUGAAGAUGCUUGACGGGUUCGAGGACAAGUCAGCGAACGCCAUCACGACGUUCGGGUUUUGCGACGGCCCGGGAAAGGAGGUGCAGCUUCUCCAGGGCGUCACGACGGGCACGAUUGUGGACUCGAGGGGUCCGACCGACUUUGGCUGGGACUCCAUCUUCAUGCCGGACGGCUUCGACACCACGUACGCGGAGAUGAAAGGCGAGGCCAAGAACAAGAUCAGCCAGCGGUCGAAGGCGCUAGCCAAGGUGAAGGCGUACCUCACGGGCGAGACUUGA